AUGUCACGCAGAGUCACUCGUUCGGCUGCGAGACUAGUUGCAGACCCUCCCCCCGUUAGCUCCGGUCCCUCUCCCCCCAUUUCCGCCGCUGGCUCGGCCCCUGCUCGGAAACGAAAAGCCCCUGCACGAACCGAUCGAUCGACCGACGCUCCGGGACACUCCAAUCCCCCCUCCCCGCCCCGGAGAGCAAAGAGACAGCGGCGUGCAGCGUCUCCCCCACCCGCCGCCGCUCCUGCUGCCGCUCGUCGUGGUACUCGAAAUCGCACAGCUAUGUCCCAACCAGGUCCCUCUUCGCGCCCCACGGAGGAAUCUUCCAGGAACCAGACUACGUCCCCUCCGGCCUCUAGGCGGAAGUCCAGCAGAAAUGGAAAGGUGUCCCAAGGUGAGGGAUUCUCCUUCAUCAGAUUUGAUUCGAUUUGGUGUUGUCUUACUCACAUAGUUCCUAUCACAGAUCCACUCUCGACCCAGUCUCCCCAACGUCGACAAAAGAAACGCUCAACUCGAUCCAAUGCCGACGUAAUAAUGAAAGAAGCGGAAGAAGACCUGGAAGACCGGGAGCCUAGCGAGGAGCAGGAUUCUUCCCCACCGAGUGAUAGCAAUGAUGGUAUAAACCAUUCCGGGGUUGACGAGGAAGACGAUGACGAUGACGGAGACCUAUUUCAAAACAGCCUUUUCGGCUCCCGCAGCCCCCUGGGACUUCAGAGCACCCUUCGCGCUUUGAGCGGCAUGAUGUCCGGCAUGUCUUCUCGCCUGCGAGAGAUUCUGUCCAAUUUGAAAAUGAAGGAGGACCCAUCCAUUCAACUGAUUGCUCUGCAAGAGCUGUCAGAUCUUCUGCUUGUAUCAAAUGAGGAUAAUCUUUCCGGGCAAUUCUCGCCUGACCCAUACGUAAAGGAACUGGUCACCUUGAUGCAGCCCAACGAUUUCGGCGAAGAAAACCCCGAAAUCAUGCUACUGGCAUGUCGCUGUCUGGCCAACUUGAUGGAAGCUCUGCGCGGGUCGGUGGCCAAUGUGGUGUAUGGAGGAGCUGUGCCAAUCCUGUGCCAAAAGCUUUUGGACAUCCAGUUCAUUGAUCUGGCUGAGCAAGCUCUGAGUACACUGGCGAAAAUAUCGGUGGACUUCCCGGCCUCCAUUGUACGGGAGGGUGGCUUGACGGCUUGCUUGACCUAUCUCGACUUCUUCCCAACCAGUACUCAACGCACGGCAGUGACAACCGCGGCAAACUGCUGCAGGAAUCUCUCCCAUGACUCGUUCCCGGUUGUGCGAGAUGUCAUGCCCACCCUAUUGAAUGUGCUCUCUAGCAACGACCCGAAGGUUGUGGAGCAAGGUUGUCUCUGCGUUUCUCGGAUUGUGGAAAGCUUUAAACAUAAGCCGGACAAGCUAGAGGAACUCAUUGAGCCAGCAAUGCUGCGAGCCGUCUUGCGUCUUCUGCUACCUGGUACCACCAAUUUGAUUGGGCCUCACAUCCAUACGCAGUUCCUCCGUGUCCUGGCCAUCACCUCAAAAGCGAGCCCGCGGCUAUCGGUGGAGCUUCUCAAGAUGGAUGUUGUCGACACCUUGUAUCAGAUUCUUACAGGCGUCUCACCCCCAGAAAACCUGGAGGAUACGACUGUCAAGAUGGAUAGCGUUCUCGUCAUGCAAGCGUUGAUCCACCGGCCCAGGGAGCAGGUUUUCGAAACUCUGAACGUCAUCUGUGAACUUCUACCUGGUGUUCCCGGUCGUCAGGGCCCUCAGUCGGACGGCUGGCUCCCAUCCCUCGACAACGACGCCACCCUUGCUUUGAAGUCUCCCAAGGCCAGGGAAUCAGCGGAUAAACGCCGCUCGUUGCUGAUGGAAUGCAAAGCUGAACUGAAGCGUUUCGCAAUGAUCCUGCUGCCAACGCUCACUGAUGCUUACUCGAGCACAGUCAACCUGGAAGUUCGACAGAAGGUUCUGAUUGCUCAACUCAAAAUGCUGCACAACCUAGAUGCCACUGUGAUCGAAGAAGCUCUACGCACCGUGCCCUACGCCUCCUUCCUAGCGGCGAUUCUCUCCCAGAAAGACCACCCCGGGCUUGUGUCUUCGGCUCUUCGGUGUGCUGAGCUUCUGUUCCAGCGCCUGGAGCACGUAUAUCAGUACCAGUUCCACCGUGAAGGCGUUGUAUCCGAGAUCUUCAAGCUGGCUGAAGCACCCCUUUCCACUGACAAGCAAAGCAAAACCUCCCGAGAUUCGCUUUCUGCAAUGGACACUUCCAGUGACGCGCAGCCAGCAGCUCAGUCCACUGCCGCACCGGAGUCCUCCAGCAAGAAUACCAUCCUCGACGACCAGGACGCCAUGGAGUAUGAUAAUGAGGAUGACUACGAUGGGCAAGAUGACGAAGACAACGAUGAUAUGUCCGAAUCCGAAAGCUCAUCUUCCUUCUCUGGGCAGGUGGUCCUGGCGAGAAUGGAUGAUGCCAUGAAAGAUCUUGUGACGCGUGACGCCCGCGCCUUUGUUGAGGCAUACGAACGCAGCCAGGGCAAGGACAUGCGGGGAAAGGCCUUGGAAAUCCUCACUGAAUUGCAGACUCUUGCAGCGGACAUUGAAGCCUGUUACCUUGGUGAUGGAAGCGGUGACGGACUGGCUCUCUUCAAAAAGUUGGCCAGCUAUUUCGAUGGCGAUGCGCUGGAAAGCAUCACCAGUUCCGAAUUGCUCAACUCUGGGGUCAUCAAAAUUCUGCUGGAUGUCUUUGGUGAUUUCUCAUCAACAUCCAAUCGGGAGGCUCGCGCUGCUUUCCUCGAAGCAUUCAUGGGCUCUGCCAUCUCUGCAAAAGCUCAAAGCCAGAGCACUGCCACCACGCCCUUCAGUGUUCUGAUACAAAAGCUGCAAGAUCUGCUCAGCCGGACUGAGCACUUUGAAGUGAUCACGGUCAGCCACAACUCGUUGGAGAACACUCGGAGCAAUGCCACAUAUAUGCUUGGCAAGCAACUGCGGCUGAAGCUUGUUGCGGAUGAGGAAUCAGACAUCCCACGAACCUACCGCAACAUUAUGGUCUCUAUACACGCUAUUGCUACUUUCAAAGCUCUGGAGGAUUUCCUUCACCCCCGGAUCAGCUUGUCAGACCGACCUCGGCCAUCUCGUAACAGAGAUACGAUCCUUUCUCAGAUCGCUAAUGCGGCCCGACUUCGCGACCAACUGACUGGAAAUGCCGACUUUCCGGGCAAUGAAAUUCCCGCAUUACCACCGGCGUCGACGAGUACGGAACGACAGACGCGCGGAGAAGAAACACGGACUGAUAACAAAGAUACCUCUGCUGAAAGUCGCGAACAGGGAUCCCGUUCUAGACGAUCUGCUCGGCAUCACCAUUCUUCGGAAACUGACGAUCAUGCCGAGGAGCCUCUGGAAUGCGCAGAUGAACGACAGCUUAGCGAUGAGGAAGAUGAAGACGAAGAGGGCGAUGAUGAAGAGUUGAAUGCGAUUGUGGAUGAUCUGGAUGACGACCUCUCGGAUGAUAAUGUCCAUGAUCCUACGGCAGUCAACAUGGAAGUCGCUUCCACUGGCAAAGUCACGGCACGGAAGGAAGAUGGAACCCGUGUCGCCACCCCGUCUCAGAACACACCAGCUUCAAAGUCUUCAUCAGCUGCCCCUGGCUCCGGCCUUAACCCAAUGGGCAGUGGCUCUUUGGCCAUGGCAGGUCGUCCCUUUUCUUCAUACGCUGCCGCUAUGGCUUCUGUCCCUUCUGAUUGGCAUAUUGAGUUCAGUGUGGAUGGAAAGCCCAUCUCCAAUGAGACAACCGUCUAUCGCGCUGUCCAUCACAACAGACAACAGUCAGGUCCUGCUGCGAGAAAUGUGUGGGCUGCUGUCCAUACGGUCAAGUUCAGGCGGGUUCCUGGCCCCUCACCCCCUGAACCAACGGGUCUCUUCCCAGGCAAGUCUGAGUCGGUUGCAGAAGGCGAUAAAGACAUGCCUCCUUCCCUGAACCAAGAUUCUGUGAAUGCAUCCAUCCUGCAACUUCUUCGCGUGUUGCAUGAGAUGAAUGCCACUCUGGACGACAUCAUUGCUGAGAACAAGGAAUUAAUCGGCCUGAAACCUGAGACGCUGGCCCAAUUUAUCAACACCAAGCUUACUGCUAAACUGAACCGACAGUUGGAAGAACCAUUGAUUGUGGCAAGCAGCUGUCUCCCUAGCUGGAGUGAAGACCUUGCUCGGCUCUUCCCCUUCCUAUUCCCUUUUGAGACGCGGCACCUUUUCCUUCAGUCAACCGCAUUCGGCUACUCUCGGGCUAUGAUGCGAUGGCACAAUUCUCAGCAUGGGGAUGACAAUCGGAACGACCAUCGUCGCGACGACCGGCCGUUCUUGGGGCGGCUUCAGCGUCAAAAGGUGCGGAUAUCCCGAAAUCGCAUCUUGGAGUCUGCCAUGAAAGUGAUGGAACUGUACGGAUCCUCGCCUAGUGUCUUGGAGGUAGAGUACUUUGAGGAAGUUGGGACGGGUCUUGGUCCCACUCUCGAAUUCUACUCUACGGUCUCCAAAGAAUUGUCCAAGAAGAAGCUCAAAAUGUGGCGAGAGAAUGAUUGCCUCAAUAGCGAGGAGUACGCCUUUGGCAAACGUGGCUUGUUCCCGGCGCCUAUGAGCGACGCCCAAGCUGCUUCUGAAUCAGGCAAGAAGCAGCUCCAUUUGUUCAAGGUCCUUGGAAAAUUCGUUGCACGAUCGAUGCUGGACUCCCGCAUCAUUGAUAUCUCCUUCAAUCCUGCGUUCUUCCGAAUUGCCCACAGCUCGUCUUCGGUGGCGCCGUCGCUCGGUGCCGUGAAAGCGGUCGACCAAGAUCUGGCCAACUCCCUGCUUCUGUUGAAGCGUUUCGCCAAUGCGAAGACAGCGAUUGUCAGGAACAGGACACUCUCGGAUGCGCAAAAGAAGCAGGCGUUGCGGGACGUUGAAGUCGAUGGAGUCAGCGUUGAGGAUCUGAGUCUCGACUUUACCCUUCCCGGCUACCCUGCCAUCGAGCUUGUGGAAAAUGGUUCGAAUGUCCCAGUGACUAUGGACAACGUUGACUUGUAUCUCGACCGGGUCGUGGACAUGACUCUUGGCAGUGGUGUCCAGCGGCAAAUGGAGGCGUUCCGGGCUGGAUUCUCGCAGGUCUUCCCAUACUCUGCCCUGCGAACGUUCACUCCGAGUGAGCUUGUUAUGCUCUUUGGACGGUCUGAAGAAGACUGGAGUAUCGAGACCCUCAUGGACUCCAUCAAGGCCGACCAUGGUUUCAACAUGGACAGCCGCAGUGUCCGCAAUCUCCUCCAGACCAUGAGCGAAUUGAACACGCAACAGCGGAGAGACUUCCUUCAAUUUGUUACUGGAAGUCCGAAGCUGCCCAUCGGAGAGUCUCACGCCAAUCUUCACCGUUGUUUGUCGGCCAAGUGA